CUGUCUCUCAGCUGGAAUAGGCUGUUUCAGUCUUUUUUCUUCAUACAGCAGGCAGAUCGCGCACCUGUUCAUAUGGACGACAUUAACGACACUGAACUGUCUAACCCCUGUCGUUUCCAUCCGCCGUUUCAAUGACUGGACCAGAAGAGCGCAAUAUAUUGAGAUACAUGAAACAUCUUCUCUGUAAUAAACGAAAGAACUAGAGCCUAACAUUCACUGUCACUGUUUUUCCCGAAAGUUUGUUUUCGGUGUAGAAUAAAGGUUUUGUAGCUCCGCGAUGGAGAAAGUGGGAUUUUGGUGCCUGGUGUUACUCGCUUACACUUCAGCCGCCCCAAACGCCCCUCGCGCGCUUCAGCAGGAGAAAAGCGAACAAAACAAACCUUCAGAAGCUGAGCUGGAAGAUCAGGGUAACGUUUUGAUUGAGCUGCUGGCUGAUUAUGACAAAGAGAGAGGCGCUGACUGUGGCUGUAAAUGUGUUGUCAGAGUCCCGGGCAGGAGCGCGCGCCCUCCGGAGUCCUACACGGUGCAGAGCGUCGCGUCUCGCCACGGCUGCAAGUGCGCAUGCGCAGCAACUCCACAGCCAGCGCAGCAGCCCUGCGAGGAAAGCUUAAGAGAAAAGAAGCUGCAGCAAGUUGCGAGAGAAAAUGACAAGCUCCUGGCUAUAAUGGACUUGCUGGAGGACUCUUUCUCCAAAGCAAAUCUGUUAAAGUUGCUUAAGCUGAGUAUGCUCACUGCCGAGCUGCUGGAACGGGUGGCCAACAUCGAGAGGGUAUUAUUUCAGAACCAGACUACUGAGAAGACUAAGGUACAGAGUGUGCCACCAGAACCAGAAAUAAGAGCAGUCCUACCGACAUCUGCACCCCCACCAUGGCGUGAGAACAGAAAGAAACAGAGCGAGAAGAGUAGUGAGGCUGCAGCUUAUCAGCAUACAGAGAGUAAGUAUGAGGAGAAGUUUGUGGGAGGCCUGUUAAAAAGGAGUGGACCUGGACCAGAUGUUAAAGCUUUACAGGAACAAGAGCAUCAUGGGAGGCAGCAGCACCCAAAGUUGAUUGUUAGGGGGAUCACAUACUACAAAUCUGACCCGGUGGAUGAGACAGAGACAGAGGAGAACAUGGGUGAAGAUGAAAGCCACAGUGGUGACAGCUCCGUAGAUCUUUUUUCAGAGGAGGAACUUCUUCCUCUCAGUGCUCCUUCGUUCAAAACUAUCACCAGACCAUGGCCAAUUUCAGCUAAACCCAACACUCCACCUCAGGAUAGUACAACACCACAAAGUGUGCCCAAGCCUCAGCUGGAAGAAUCUGACUCUUCUCUGUCGGUCAAGAGGAAAAUGCUUAAUAAUUCAGGGCUUGCAUUGGCAAAAACCUUCCAGUCAACCACAGAAAGCUUCAUCAAGCUCAGAGCCUUGCAGUCCUCAGCUACCACAGAUAACGUCCGAGCCAUUUGGCCCACAAAACACACCAUACCUCAAACACUCCCUGGAACAGAGGAAGAAAGAGAGGAGAAGACCACUUCUCAGAUGAUGAUGAACAUGGAAUCAACUUCAAGUCACAUAAAGAUGAAGUCUAAUUCAGCUUCUUUAGAAAUGACAGAAAACAUCAUACCAAGCACAGUAGCGGCCGUCAUCAGUCAGUCAGAGGUCACUAUGAAAACUUUAACUGAGCAAACUCACAACACUGGAACCAUUUCCAGGCAGAAUUUCAGUCAGGCCAAUGAACAAAACACGCUGUCAAAUGCAACUUCAUCACCAACCACUCAGAGCCAAGCUGCUACUAUUCCAGAAACUUAUUCCAAUCCAAUCACAGAUGUGAGAAGCUACAUGAAGACCAAUGCUGGGAUGACAGCUACUACCACAGAGUCUGGCAAUACAGGAACAAUUGUCAUUCUGUCUACAUCACAUGUAACUGAGGGUGAAAGUGAUUCCAGCACAACUGCAUCAGUGUCCACAAACAGACUGGUUAAUAGUACCACUACAACUAUUACCACUGGCAAACCUGACAAACACAAUACAGACAGCAUUAGUUUGGUUAAAAAACAGCAAGACCCAAAACGAAAGAUCAUUAAAACUGUGGAGGAUGAGGAUGUUGAGGAGAAACCUCAAAGGCAGCCAGGAGAAUGCAAGGACACACUGGCCACAAUCGCAGAACCCAUAGCACACAACACAUAUGGCCGUAAUGAAGGUGCCUGGAUGAAAGACCCAUUGGCUCGUGACAACAAGAUCUAUGUUGCUAAUUAUUAUUAUGGCAACAACCUGUUGGAGUUUCAGAACAUGGAUGUCUUUAAACAAGGUCGUUUCACCAACUUCUAUAAGCUGCCCUAUAGCUGGCUGGGCACAGGCCAUGCAGUCUAUGACGGUGCCUUCUUCUUCAACCGUGCUUUCUCACGUGACAUCAUCAAGUAUGACCUCCGGCGGCGACGUGUGGCAGCCUGGACCAUGUUGCAUGACGCUGCACUGGAGAGUGAUGAGGUUUCAUCAUGGCGAUGGAGAGGCCACUCGGAUGUGGAGCUGGCUGUAGAUGAAAGUGGCCUCUGGGUGAUCUACGCUGCACUGGAUGACGAAGGUUUCUUACAGGAAGUGAUAGUACUGAGCCGUCUGAACCCGGAUGACCUGACCACACAGCGAGAAACCACAUGGAGGACGGGGCUGAGGCGUGAACGUUAUGGCAACUGUUUUAUUGUAUGUGGGGUCCUGUAUGCAACUGAUCACCAUGGAGAACAGCGGGAGAACAAUCUGAGCUAUGCCUUUGAUACACAUACCAAUACACAAAUGACCCCUCGGCUCCCUUUUGGCAAUAACUCCACUUACAUUGCUCAGAUUGACUAUAACCCCAAAGAAAGGGCACUUUAUGCCUGGAACAAUGGCCACCAGAUCACUUAUGAUGUUGUAUUUGCAUACGUAGACCCACUUUAGAUGGGAAAGCAGAUCAUUCUAAAGUGUAUUAUAUAAAUUUGGGGAAAUGUAUGCCUAUGAUACAAUAUGUGUAUGAAAUGUGGACUGUGGAGCAGUCACUUAACAUUUUUGUGAUAUAUUAUCCCUCAUAUUUCUCAUUAUGCUGAUGUUUGUACCAGUUAUCUACAGUCAACUCCAAAAUUAUUGCCACAUUAUUAAAAUAAGCAAAAUUGAGUACUGUAUUUUUCCCACAUUUUUGCCCCUGCAAAACCUUUAAUAUUUUUAUUAUAUUUAAUAUUUUAAUUAAUUAAUGUAAUUUUAUAUUAUCGGCGCCAUUACAAUUAAUAUUUGGUGAAGCUUCUCUGGGAGAGAAUACCAAAACUGAGCUUCUACCUGCAAUGUCCAGUAUAGCUGUAGAGGAUCUUGCAUCACUUCUCCAUAAAGACCAUUUCAAACUGUGUGUGCAUGUCGACUUCCCUCUUCAAUUCAGACACAGGUUUUCUACAGGAGUUCAAAAAUUUUAUGUAUGUGUUGGUGCGUUUGGCUCAUUAUCUUGUUAGAAACUCUAUCUUUGGUUCUAUCUUAGCCUCCUGGUAGAGGCAACCUUGUUCAAGCUGAAAUGUCCAGGCUAGCAGAAUUCAUGUUGACAUCAUAUUCAAAAGAACUACUAGCCACAACACAGCCUCAAGGCAUUACUUAUCCACCCCCAUGUUUUUCAUUCCAAUGGGGUUCAUAGCCAAAAAGUUUGACUUUGACCACACACACUUCCAGUUGUAGUUCCUGAGGGCUUCUUUAAUGCAACCCUUUCAAACUGUGGUAUGGACGAGAUGGCAUCUAACACUUUUUGAAACUAAUACAUAAAUCAACUGUGCAGAAUUCAGUACAAUUCUGAACGUUUGGGUGCUUUGCCUUCCUCACUUCACUUUGCAAAUAAAAACAGAUUUUUUUCUGACAUUUUUGCAUUUAUUUAAAAUAUUAAAUGUAAAUAUUACAAUAAUUUUUGGCAAUAAUUCUGGAGUUAUAAUACUAUAGAUGGUUUACAAGAUACUAAUAUCGCUGUUUUGCUUAACAGUUCUUAGGAAAAAACUAAUGUUUUGAACUCAGUGCCUUUAUAAACACAAAAUAACGGCUCAACCAAAUAUCAAGUUUACAGUGAGGGGGAAAUACAUCACUUAUGUUUCAGACACUUUUGUUCUAGUUAUAUGUUAUAGUUAUUUAGUUCCAGUGCAUCCAAUAUCCAAUUCAAAUUUACACACAUAAUGUCUUUUGAUUUUGUACAUGUAAAAGUACAUAUUCGUAAGCAUGAACCAAAAUAUGUUUAAAAACAAAAUUGAUAGGGAAAAAAGAAUUUGGACACCACAAAUUGCCAACAUUAGUGCUUUGUUGCAGAGCGGUGUUGGCAAUUACAGCUCUAUGAUAAGAUGUUAUUGGGUUUUUGCAGCAUUAUGGCUCAAUUUUGGCCCAUUCCUCUCAGCAAAACAUCUUCAAUUCCCCAAGGAUCCAUCUGAUGGAUUCGCAAAUUCAAAAUCCGCCAUAAAUUUUCAAUGGGAUUCAAGUCAGAAGAUUGGCUAGACCAUGCAGUGACUUCUUGAGUUAUUGUGGCUGCAUGUUUGAGAUUAAAUUCUCUACUAAUAUGUCCCGGGAAAUCACUCCAUUAGUGUUUCUUUCAAUGACGUGUAAAGCCCCAGUAAUGUUUGCAGAGAAGCACCACCACAUCAUGAUGUUCCCACUACUGUGCUUCACUGUAGACAUGGUGUUCUUCGGAUCCUACACACAAUCCUUCUUUCUCCAAACAUGAAGCGUUUAAUUAGUGCUAUAUUGCCAAAGAGUCUUUUUGUUUCUUCUGAGCAUAUUGUUCCAAAAUAGUUCUGAUUUGUUUUAAUGCUUUUAGACAUGCAUCUCUGUGCUUCUUUUUUAACAAAGGAACUGUUGUUCCUGCUGCUUUUGCGUCAUCCUGCAACCGAAAGUGACUGCUGGCUUCUCUCUUACCUUCCUUAUGAUUAGUCUGAGAGCGUGGUUCACCUGUCUGGGGAUUAUUAUUUAGAGUGCAAUGAAAUUUCCACCUGUAUAUCAUCGAGCCAAUUGUAGUGAAAGAGAUGUUUAAGGUCUUUGCUAUGGCUUUGCAGCUUUUUCAUUCAAGUGUUGUUUAAUAAUGUUGUCUCCAAGAACUUUAGGAAGCUUUGUUGCUUAUGAAUACAUACUUUUUGUUCAGAUUUAUAUGAACAAAGACAAAAGAUAUGUAAGUUUGAAAGCGAUAUAUGCACUGGAAGUAUAUUAAAUAACAAAAACAAAAUAA